AGUUGUGGAGGGUGCAGCUCACAGUGGCCCAUGCGGGGAUCGAACCGGAAACCUUGUUGUUAAGAGCACUGCUCUCUAACCAACUGAGCCAACCAGCCGCCCCAAAUCCGCUUUUUCUAGAUGGCAGCCAUCCUGAUCUGAGUGCUCUCUAAUGCUAACUUUGGCAGCGUAUGAGCAACUUCUUGCCAAGAACCCAGGUCACUGCUGAGAAGGUCCUUCGGGAGAAGAAUAUCCGAUGCCAGAAGCGUCUGGAAUUACACUCACCACAGGCAGCAUGAGACAUUCUGUGCCAGCAUCUAUGUCCCACUGGCAAAGACUGUAGUUCUCCAGGUAGGAGGGUCCUGGAAGCAGCACGCGCCAGGAGCCUCUCUAGAGGAAAAAUGGGGCCAGAUAUGAACUCUCUACAAUGAACACAAUAUUCACCUUAUGAAGGAAUGUUAAAUAAAACAAUUAUUUAAUUUCUGCAUAUUCACAUUCAGUACUGUUCUGUGUGAAGUGCCAGCAGCCACCCCCCUCCACAAGAGUUAUCAGGAUUUUUCUGGCACCAAGGUGAACUCUUCUUGGUACUUCUGGCAAUGACAGCUCUUCAGGACAGAUUUAUGUGCUAAAUGUUCUUGGGCAGGAGAAAAAGUAAAACUUGUGGAAGCAGCGUGAGGGGAGCGGACAGAGAUCCCUCCCUCCCUGCUUGCUGUCACAGCAGCAGCCUGGACUCCUGUCCUGGUGCUGAAGACUGAUCCUGGCGUUUGCAGGCGGCCUGCUGUGGCCCUUCUUACCACCAUCCUGCUCUCAGGCUUUCCGUGCAGGCUGUCCAAUGAUUGAACUUUGGAAUGGAGUUUGUUUUCCGCUGGGAACUGGCCUCUUGUCCCAGGCUGGUGCUGUCUGAGAGGCUGAUCUGAAGGCCGUGUUUCAUUCUUGGGGAGGGGGCGUUGGCCUCGCCUGGAUCCUCCACCAUGUUCCUGUUGCUGCCCUUUGACAGCCUGAUUGUCAACCUUCUGGGCAUCUCCCUGACGGUCCUCUUCACCCUCCUCCUGGUCUUCAUCAUAGUCCCCGCUAUUUUUGGAGUCUCCUUUGGUAUACGAAAGCUCUACAUGAAAACUUUGUUAAAAAUCUUUGCGUGGGCGACCUUGAGAAUGGAAAGAGGAGCCAAGGAGAAGAACCACCAACUCUACAAGCCUUAUACCAACGGAAUCAUUGCAAAAGAUCCCACUUCACUAGAAGAAGAGAUCAAAGAAAUUCGCCGAAGUGGUAGCAGUAAGGCUCUGGACAAUACUCCAGAGUUUGAGCUCUCUGACAUUUUCUACUUUUGCCGGAAAGGAAUGGAGACUAUUAUGGAUGAUGAGGUGACAAAGAGAUUCUCAGCAGAAGAGUUGGAGUCCUGGAACCUGCUGAGCAGAACCAAUUACAACUUCCAGUAUAUCAGCCUUCGGCUCACUGUCUUGUGGGGCUUAGGUGUGCUGAUUCGGUAUUGCUUCCUCCUGCCACUCAGGAUAGCGCUCGCUUUCACAGGGAUUAGCCUUCUGGUGGUGAGCACAACCGUGGUGGGAUACUUGCCAAACGGGAGGUUUAAGGAGUUCCUGAGUAAACAUGUCCACUUAAUGUGCUACCGGAUCUGCGUGCGUGCUCUGACAGCCAUCAUUACCUACCACGACAGGACAAAUCGGCCUAGAAACGGUGGCAUCUGUGUGGCCAAUCAUACCUCUCCUAUUGAUGUCAUCAUUUUGGCUAGUGAUGGCUAUUAUGCAAUGGUGGGUCAAGUGCACGGGGGACUCAUGGGUGUGAUUCAGAGAGCCAUGGUGAAGGCCUGCCCUCACGUCUGGUUUGAGCGGUCUGAAGUGAAAGAUCGCCACCUCGUGGCUAAAAGACUGACUGAGCACGUGCAGGAUAAAAGCAAGCUACCUAUCCUCAUCUUCCCAGAGGGAACCUGCAUCAAUAAUACAUCGGUGAUGAUGUUCAAAAAGGGAAGUUUUGAGAUUGGAGCCACGGUUUACCCUGUUGCCAUCAAGUAUGACCCUCAAUUCGGGGAUGCCUUCUGGAACAGCAGCAAAUAUGGGAUGGUGACGUACCUGCUGAGAAUGAUGACCAGCUGGGCCAUUGUCUGCAGUGUUUGGUACCUGCCUCCCAUGACCAGAGAGGCAGAUGAAGAUGCUGUCCAGUUUGCAAAUAGGGUGAAAUCCGCCAUUGCCAGGCAGGGAGGACUUGUGGACCUGCUAUGGGAUGGUGGUCUGAAGAGGGAAAAGGUGAAGGAUACGUUCAAAGAGGAGCAGCAGAAGCUGUACAGCAAGAUGAUUGUUGGGAACCACGAGGACAGGAGCCGAUCCUGAGCCCGCGCCUUGCGCUGGCUGGAUCCACUAUGCCUGAAGUCCUGGCGCGGGGCCAGCCGGAGCCCCCACUGCUGCAUUCUUUCCAGACUCCGGGUCUUCGGGCUGCUCUGGAUCCCAGGACUCCAGCUUCUUCAGAGCCGCCUGGACCCCUGGCCUUGCCUUCUGAAGUGAAUGCUGCUGGGUGUUCUGCUCAGGACGAGAGGCCUUCUUGUUUCUUUUACGAUAAGCCCAUUGGAGGAAUGCCAUUAAAGUCAGCUCUCCACCUGUGCACGCGGGGCUGCGUGGGUGGGGAGAAUCAGCCCGCUCCGUGCUUGGGAACACUAGGACAGUAGGACAUUGGUCUGUUACGGACGCCCUCAGGCCAGGGCCGUGGCUGAGGGAAGGGGAGGCACCCAGAGGCCCGUGGCUUGCCAGCGUAAACGUGGCCCCCCAGGCUGCCCCCAGCCUUGGAGCUCUGCACACUUGAUAAAAAUAAAACUUGUCUGCAGGUGCUUUCAGCAAAAUGAAGUUUUAAAUACUCGUGCAGUCACCAAAGGGCGUGGGAAGAGGCAGGAUGGACCACUGGCUAGUGUGGUGGGAGCCAGGAGUCAUUUCCACAUUGAAAGUCCAGUGCUGAUCCUGAACCCCCAUGUGACUUGCUCUUCGUUAACGCGUGCCUCAGUUCCCCAUCUGUAACCUGGAGUGGGAGGGGGAAGGGUGGUGAUACCUACCUCACAGGGUUGUUGUGGGGAUUAAAGCGCUACAGUGAGUGAAGGACAGUAAAGCGCAGUGUUACAAGUACAGGUCCCUGAGAUGUGGCAGGACCAGCUCUGAGCUCCUGCCCAGGGCUUGGCAGUUGUUUUGUGAGUAAAUAAAAUUGUCUUUGAUGGUGAAUGAAUUGAGGGGUUUUUCCCUUCACUCUUUCUCCCUUAGAUGUAGCCCUAAGCAACCUGUUUCUUAUCAGAGUCACAGAACAUAACCCCGGGGUUGGAGGCAGUCCAGCCUGACUUCUGAAUGAGGAGUAUUGUUUAGGAGAAGGUAAACUACUCAUAUCGAAUGGUUCAUUUAGAAUCCCCACCACAGACUGAGAUGUGGAUUUCUGCACAGAUGGGUGCCGCGGGAUUAGAGGUGUGUGAUUGGGGCACCGUUUGUUGAGGUCGAGGCGGGGAGGGCAGUCUGUAAGGACUGUGUGGAGCCACGAGAAGCUGCAGGGGCGAGGUAGGAGCGGAGGUUCUGCAUCCGUGAGGGUGGCAGGAUGGGCAGUGGGCAUUUGGUGCACCGUGGGCUUCCGUAUGGCCAGAGGGAACCAGGCUUCCUGGCCUCCUGCACCUGCCCGCAGUCACAGAAGGCAGGUCCAAAGCCAGCCACCCCCACCGCUGCUAGGCUCCACCAGGUUCAAAGCCCUCAGAAGAGGCCUCACCUCUAUCAUGUACUCAUUCAGCCUCACCCCCUGCCUGCCCUACUGCAUCAUGGCACAGUCACCACAGCUGUGCCAGCAGCCAUGGUAAGUGUCGCUUCUGAGGCCACCCUCCAGCCUGCGAUUUGGGGAUGUGGUGGCAGUGAAGCCUGCUCCGUCGGUUCCUGGGCUGGGAGCACUUGGUCUCAGCAAACGGUGCUGUGAUUCUCGCCCUAACUGCCUGUCUGUUGCUUUGCCUCCCCAAAUAGCGGCCCCUUUCCUCUCACCUGCCCUUUUGCUAACCAGUGGAAAAUUCUUUUUCCUCUCAACUAACAAACACUAUCAUGACUGUAAGACAAGCCUCUUAUGAACUGUUUUGCAAAAUAAUCAAGAGUAAACAGUGGUUUUCAGUCUUUAUAAGUGAUAUUUACAGUGUUUAAAAGCUAUCUGGAAUGAUCUUUAAAAAUUGGUCUUGAAAACCAAGUUUCCUUUUUAAACGUUUCCUUUAAAAGCCUUCUGCUGAUUAGUACAUUUAUUUCAUGAUUUUCAUAGGUAUUUUGUAAUAUUUUAAUGUUACAUUCUUUUCAACAAACCUGUCAAUGACAUAACAGUAUUGCAGGAACCUGGUUUAGAGUCACUGCUAUGUAAAGAAAUACUUGUGGAGUCUAAGCAAUGAUUAUUUUCCUCCUACUAAGUAAGAAGAGGGGAUGUGAAUUACAUUCCCCCCCCCC